AUGCAACUCCAGGGAGAACUGGCUGCUAAAGGUCAGGGAAAGAGAAUUUAUACCGGUCUGUUUCAGGGUCUGGCCACUAUUUAUAAGCACGAGGGUAUCAGGGGAUGUCAGAAGGGUCUGUUUCCCGCUUAUAUCUAUCAGAUCGGACUUAAUGGCUGUAGAUUGGGUUUCUAUGAACCGGUCAGAAGAGGACUCAAUUCGCUGUUUGGUUACGAGUACACGGACCAGCAGUUCGGACUUAAUAUCGCUGCUGGUGCUAGUAGUGGCAUUAUGGGCGCUAUUGCCGGAUCUCCUUUUUACCUGAUAAAAAUCCGGAUGCAGUCGUACUCGCCUGUAUUCAAAAUCGGUGCUCAAACUCAUUAUACAAGCACUCUGCAGGGUCUUUCUACCAUCUGGAAAACUGAAGGUGUCAGAGGUUUGUACAGAGGUGUGGAUGCUGCAAUUCUAAGAACCGGUGCUGGUUCUAGUGUACAACUGCCCAUUUACAACUGGAGUAAGACUGUCAUUGAAAAAUAUAAUCUCGCGGCUGAUGGGCCUGUUCGCCAUCUGCUGGCAAGUGCUGUCAGUGGACUCGGCGUGUGUAUUGUCAUGAACCCCUGGGAUGUGCUCAUGACCCGAAUGUACAACCAGAAGGGCAAUCUGUAUAAAAAUCCCUUUGACUGCGCAUACAAAACCGUCACCAUCGAGGGACCCCUGGCUCUUUAUAAGGGGUUCAUUCCCCAUCUCAUGAGAAUCGGGCCCCAUACCAUCCUCACUCUGACCUUUAUGGAACAGACCAUGUACUGGAUGAAAAAGAUCGAAGGUGUACCUUUAUAG